AUGGCCCAGGAGAUGGAGAAGGCUUUCACUGCAGGCAAAAGCCGCGCCCUGUUUCAACUGAUCCGAUCAACGGGUCAAAAGAAGGCAGGUGUCAAAAGAUUUGAGGUUCUGGUCAUGCUCACUUUGGGUAGUCCCACAAAUAGUGACGUUGUCGAUAUCGAGUUCAGUUACGACCCAACGCAAUACGACCCUUCCAAUCCAUUGGUACUCCCUGCCAAAUUGAAUAAGGAGAGUGAUAGCAAAGUUAAAAGUUUGAAGCGUCGAGAUGAAGUUCAGUCUCAAAUUCUUUCAAAGAAAAAGCGCAAAGAGUUGGAACGGAAAUUAGCUCAGAAACAAAAGAAGCUGUCUUUCAAGAAAGGUAAGUCAUGGAAAGGCAUACCAACACCGGUAUCGGAUGAAUCUCGAAGUACGGAUGAUUAUAGCACAGAUGAAGAGUCCAAUCAUUCUGGAAAAAUGGACGUUUCUUUGCCUUCGGUAUCUCAGGAAACAGCGUCAUCGCCAGCGGUUCUCACUGGGCCUGUCGCCGAACAGUCGUGCCUGAAAACCACGCCAGAGCCACCAGUUCCGACAGAGGCUCCUCAAGAAACUCCGAAGCCUGCUCGCUACGUUCUGGUUUCAAGGACACCUGAUGUGGUUGCUGCGCGGUUAACCCUACCGAUAAUAGCGGAUGAAGCAACCAUCAUGGAGGCCAUUAGUCAAAAUGAUUGCAUCAUCAUAUGUGGAGCCACUGGUUGCGGGAAAACCACGCAGGUCCCACAGUUUCUAUACGAGGCAGGCUAUUCUAAAGAUGGUUAUAUGAUCGGUAUUACUGAACCUCGUCGAGUCGCAGCCAUAUCAAUGUCCAAACGCGUCGGUGAAGAACUUAACCUAUCCUCUGGCCAGGUGUCUUACCACAUUCGUUAUGAGAAAACGGUGGUCAAGGGAACAGAAAUCAAGUUCAUGACUGACGGUGUGUUGCUACAAGAAGUAAAGCAGGAUUUUGAGUUGUCACGCUACUCUGUCAUCAUCGUAGACGAGGCGCACGAGCGAUCUAUCUACACUGAUGUCUUGUUGGGUUUACUCUCCCUUAUACUGCGCCUGCGUCGUCGCCGUCACGCGGAAGGUACACCCACUCGGGGCACAGUCCUUCCACCGUUGAAGCUCAUCAUCAUGUCAGCCACGCUACGGGUUUCGGAUUUCUCCGAGAACAUUCGUUUGUUUCCCGCAUCACCAAAUGGUCCUCCACCUGUUAUUCAAGUUGAGUCCCGGCAAUUUCCUGUCACCUGUCAUUUUGCAAAGGUCACACAACCGGACUAUCUAAAAGCAGCUUUCCGCAAAGUAGUGCAAAUUCACGAGAACGCUCCGGCUGGUGGAAUCCUGGUCUUUCUCACAGGACAGCGAGAAGUACUCACACUCUGUAGCUGGCUCUCUCGGGCCUUUCCUGCUACCGCCACCGCAAAUGUUAUCAGUCGAGAGGCGAAGCGACGGCGCAAGAACAAAAAAGCCUACCAGCAAUCGGAGGACCUCGAUAGCCUUGCAAAUGUGAAUGAAUCAACUUCCGAAUUAAAUUCAACAGUGUCACGUAUCAAUUUAGACAAUUUUGAUAUCAUACCCAUGGAUGAAGAGACAGAGUUGGGCAGCGUACGUCAUGUUUCAGAAAACCCAUCAAAGCCCUCGUCACGAACUUCAGAAAAAGCGGAACCGCCCGAAGACACCGGUAACCAGCAAGUCGAUAGCGAUUUGGAAGAGAUUGAAGAUGACGAUGAUGUUCUGCAAGAAAUAUCAACGUCUCGGAAGAACAUCACAGCCGUUCCCAUUCGGGCUCUUCCACUCUAUUCCCUAUUGUCUCCCGAAAGGCAACAGCUGGUGUUCGAAACGCCACCAGAAGGACAUCGUCUCGUGGUAGUAGCGACCAAUGUAGCCGAGACUUCGCUCACCAUUCCGAACAUUCGUUUUGUGGUCGAUUCUGGAAAGGUGAAAACCAAAGUAUACGAUCCGGCCACCGGUGCAUCCAGCUUCGAAAUUGUAUGGAUUAGUCAAGCCUCGGCUGAACAACGAGCAGGUCGUGCCGGUCGUGUCGCUCCUGGCCAGUGUUAUCGACUUUACAGUUCUCAGGUGUUCUCUUCGAUGAACCAGUUCGCUGUUCCUGACAUCCUGACUCGUCCCAUCGAUGAAGUUGUUCUUAUGCUCAAGUAUCAUUUCAACUGCUUAUCGUACCAUGAUAUCGUUGACGUAUUUAAGGUCGGGUCACAUCCGAUCAAGAGUUAUCUGGGAAGCACUCCACUGUCUAGAUUCCCGUUACCCACGUCCCCAUCUGCGACUGCUAUCGAAUUCGCGGAACACCGGUUGAUCAGCCUGGGCGCAUUGCAAGCAACACACACACAACACGGCACAACGACCCUGAAUACCAUCACACGUGCCGGACGAUGGAUGGCUCGCUUACCCCUUCCGGCUCGUUUCGCCCGAAUGCUGCUAUUUGCCAACCAACAUCAACUUAUGCCGUACGCAGUGGUUUUAGUUGCAGCCCUGUCCGUCCCCGACCUGUAUGUAAACCCCAGCCCAGAACAAAGUAGUGAGGCAAACGAAAGCGUCAAAUCAGUCGCAGAACAGUUUCAAACAAACUUUGCGCAGCAGUUUGUCCGGCGCCGUGAAGAUUUGUACUUCGGCGACCUUGCGGUCCUUCUUGGAACUGUAUGCUGUCUGGAACGAUACAGUGCUCAACUCAACGGACUCGCUCCAUCAGAGGAGGGAGUUUUCGAAGCGUGUGGCGGUACGAAGCGCGUCAGCCAAGAUCCAGAUGGCGCUUUGAAAUUUCUUGUGGAACGUUGUGGGGUACGGUGGAAUGCCUACAAAGAGGUUCGCCAGUUACGUCGACAGUUGACUGAUAUAUUGAAUGCAAACAUCCCUGAUUUAUGCUUGACACUCGACCUGGUCCUACCUCGUCCAACCGGGGAUCAGAUCAACCAACUUCGGCAAUUGUUUCUCGUUGGGUCACCGUGUCACGUCGCGAGUAAGUUUGAUGUUCCAGUUGAUGGACUGCCGGCCAAAGAUAGGCGUAGGCUGCGCUACGCGUACAAGGUACCCGGAGUUUCCGGUCCGGUAUUCAUUGAAUCCAGCUCUCCACUUGCUCGGGAGAACUGUCCCUUUAUUGCGUUUCUUGAGCUUCAUCGAACUUCGAAACCCUUCCUCCGAAGUCGUGUAAUGACAACCGAUAUGCGUUCACAUUCUUUCCAACAUUCCAUUUUAGCUGUUUGCGCUGUUGAUCCACAGUGGAUUCCCUUCCUAGCUCCUCACAAUUACAAAGUUGAAGGUGUAGUGCUGUCCGAUGAACUCAGUCCUGCAUCCGGAUCCUUUAGCAGUGAUCGGACCAAACAAGCUGAUACGGAUCCAGCCCGGACGAACACGGAUGUGUCUUCUGAUACCGAACCCUUGGAGCCAGCAAAGAUGCAGCGGUCGCCCAAGUUGCCUACACCGCGGUAUGAUGCUGAUCACGAUGUAGUUGUCACUGGUGCUAAACGAGUGUGCUACCUCGGCACGUGCGCCUCAGAGUUGGAAGGUGAUAAUGGGGAACUAGAACUCCCCAAUUUCUCUAUGCUGGUUCCAAUAAACAGCUUAGCUUGUGCCCGAUUUCUCGGAUCAGAAGAGGCCUUCACAUGGAGCGUUCGGUGGUUUGCUCGAGCCCUUCUGGAGGGACAUGUUUUCUCAGAAUUCCUGACUUGGUUUCCACAAAGGAUCAAACAGAAUCUAACACCCACCCUAGUGACAAUUUCCUGGGGGCUAGUGCGUCCGGAGGUACGCAAAUUGGUCAGUUCGCUGGCAUCAGCCAAAGUCGACAAUCGGAGAAAUUUACUGGCCAAGUGGAGAACUGAACCCCUUUGGAGUAUCGGUGACCAAGCGGCUGCUUCACAGUUGCUGGACGUGUCGAAGGAACCUUACAACGGCUUCACGACAAGCUAUGGUACCGCUGCUGGUCGACAGGAUCCAGCCAGGCUGGCAUCCCUUCAAGAUAGUUGGGUGUGA